AUGAAGAAACACGAAGAUAAGGAGAACCUUGUGACCUCAGCAGGUCGGGGAGCGAUGAUGCCCAGAACGCCGAUCCAUCAGCUGAAGAGAUCCAGUUCGAAUCUGGCCGGCAGGAAUAGCACGCGUAUGCCGCUUGCUUCUAAGGACAGGAACCAGUCGCAGGGUGUCUUCGGGCUGAAGACAAGCGGGGCGGGCGGCGCGGGCGGCGCGCAGGCGCAGAGCAAGCGGCCCGCUUCCAGCAGCAUUGCCAAGAACAUGCCCGACAGCAAGUUGAAGAAGUACGGGAGCGUGCUGGGGGUGGGGUACGGGAGUCUGGCGAAGGCUAAGUCGCUUGUGCUGAAGGAUACCAGCGACUGCGAAAGCGCGAACGAGGAGUCCGAAGAGGAGGAGGGAAACCCGCUGGCGGCGAAACUGAAAAGCAGGCUCUGCUCGGCCGAAGAGGGCGGCAACGAAGAUGACGGCAGCAGCGGGCUCCUGCUUGGCGAGGCACUUUCACAGCUGGCGGCUGCCGGCGAGACGCAGGAGGACGUGCCACCCGUGGAGUAUGCGCCCGAGAAGCUGCCCGAGCUACCGCAUGUCCCGAACGGCUACGAGUCGCUCAAGAGCGCGGAUCUUGCCAAGUUGGCGAAGUACCACUCUCCCUUCUUACGAUUCGGCGACAAGGAGGACGAGGAGAACACGGAACCCGGGGAUUCCCAGCAGCUCAUCCCGCUCGAGUUUGGGGCCCUAGACGACUCCCAGUCAUCUAGUGACGAAGACGAUGCAACAAGCAAUGGAGCAGCAUUGGGUGCGAUCGCUCUGUCUCAGGAGGAACCGGACGAAGUGCAGUUUGAGUUUGCCGUUGGUGAGGGAUUGGAUUCUAAGGACCUACAUUCUCUAUUAGACUGA